GAAAUUUUUACUCAACUUUAUACAAAAUUUAUAUGAUAUGUUACUAUUAAAUUUUAUACGAUUGUUGAAUAGAAAAAUAAUUGUAUAAGUAUUGUAAUUAAAUGACAUUAGAAAUAAUUUUUUACAGAUUAUUUUCAGGUUUAGACUUGAGCUCUGAAAACCUGUAAUGAAUAUAAACAAGUCGUAUAGAAUACAUUACGGACCGCCGAUUUAUAUAAGGGUGAUGUAAUAGAAUACACUUAUUGAAUGGCUUUUCGGUCAAUAGUCUAAACUGUUGCAUCAAAAAUUAUUGUUUGCAGUUUUGUUUUUUAAAUUAUUCACUCAUAAGUCCAGUAACUUGGGUUGAAUAUAGACCAGUUAUGUAGCACAAAGUACAAACCCACGAUUUAUAUAUUAUUAAGUAGUUUUGUAAUAAUAUGUGUUAACAUUCCAAAAGGACUUCGAUUUUAUUCUAAAAACAGAUAAAGCAAUUGUCCAAGUAGAUGUUAUAUAUUUUGUCAUGGUUAGAAAAUCGCUACUUUCAAUAUUACACAUGAACUUAAACAGUUAGAGCCUUUAAGGGAGGUAAUAAUAAACAAUGGAUCAAUGAUAUUUUCUGCUAUGUUAAUUAAUACUCAAACCUUUGGCAAAUAUUUGAGAAAACAAUCGUCAAAAAUAUGUUUUAAAAAGAAAUGGACACAUUUUAUAUUUAUUAAAAGAUGUGGCAGCCACAUUAUGAGCCAUUCAUAAUCAGGGUAAUGUGUGUCUAAAGAUUCUACUCUUACCUUUACCAUAUUUGUGCUGAAUACUGUUUGUGAUUGUAUAUCUAAAUUGAGUUUAAUAUGUUAGCUUCUUAUUAAUUUUAUUUAUGUUAAAUUAUAAGAUUAAAUAGGGAUAAUAUUUUUUGAGGUAAAAUGUUGUUAAAUAUAUCUGCGUUGACAUAUUAAUAUAACCCCGAAAAAUUUCGAAAUAAUUUGCACACUGACUAUUUUCUCAGGUUAUGUUGUUAUCGCUCUUAGAAAAUGGUCACGAUAUGCAACUUAUUUUUGAAUAUUACGGGAUGUAUUAAUAAGUUAACAAAGCUGUAUAUAGAUAUUUCAUUUUGUAAGGGAAUAGCCACUGGUGCUUACCACAUUCUACAUAUGUAUGAAUAAAUGACAUUUAUUAUCAUAUGCAUCCUCCGAAUAAGCUGAACUUUAUCUGAUCACGUUAUAGAAGCAACCCAUGAUAAUGAAAACUAGGCUGUGUUCCUAUUUAUUCACAUGAAUAUUAUUAUAAUGUUUGUAAUAUUUUUAUAAUGUUUGUUAUAAAAAUAAAACUUUGGCAUAAUUCACAACAUUUUAGAAAUUAUUCUUAGACGAACAUCAUUCAUAACAAUUCUUUUUCAGAAUAUAUAUUGCAGGUUAAUGCGAGUUUAAAUUGUUUUAAGAGUAUACAUUUAAGACUUUUAGUUUAAUGCACGUACAUAAUACGCACUUAAUUUUGAGCAUGUAUUAUUGUAGCAAAAUGAAAUGGCUCUGGCAUCCUGAAAUAAGCAUUGUCUGAAUAUACUCUAUUGAACUAUUAACUAAACAAAGCUGUAAGAUAACAUUAACCGCUGUCUGUACAUGUAUACUGCAUUUCAGAUCCAUUAUUUCUUUUUAAAGCGCUUUGAUAAUUAAGGAAAAAAUGGAGAAGAAAGGGGAGACUGGGAAUAAAACAGUGGGAAAUGAAGUAUUUACGGACUACACUAAUACCUCUACUGCGCAAAUGAUUGGAAUACCAAGUGAACUCGUCUCGAAGGGAACAUCUCUAGGGCACCAAACGAAAACAGUUGAAAUAGGGAAGGAGGAAACUUUGCUUAUUCUCAGGUCAUACCUGGCACACACUACAAAAUGGAAAGAUAUUCUGAAAUAUGUUAAACAAAAUAUCGGCCAACUUCCUCAAGCAGCAAAGAAACUGUACCGGACUGCCAGUGCGAAACAGCUGCGAGACAGGAUGACGACAAAACUUGAGAAACUUAUAUAUCAGCAAGCUGAAAAGAUUGAAGACAAAGACAUAUGUUCAGCAAUUCAAGAUAUUCAAAUGAUGGAGAGGAUCCUGGUUAAGAGAAAGCUGUCUCAGCCAAAGAAAACAUAAGUGAUGAUUUUGCAGCUGAUACUCAAAGCAAUAAAGAGGACACAGCUCCUAACCAGAACGGUUAUCAACACCAAAAGAAGAAUACGUUGAUAAUUGAUAUAAUUCGCGAUAAUCUAUCGGGAAAAAACUGAGACAGCUUGUCGUCAGCAGGAAUGAAUCAGCAGUUUUUGUAUUGUAUUUCUAUUUAGAAAUAAACAUGAAGUUUUAUAAGAAUGA